AUGAUUAUCUGCUCUCCCUUUCCUCUUCCGCCUUGUUCUAGCUAUCCUCUUCCGCCUCUCCUGCUAUCCCUCUUCCUCUUCUGCUAUCCAUCCUCUUCAAGCUCUUACUGCUAUCCUCUUCCGCCUCUCCUAUUUCCUUUUGUUCUCCUGCUUUCCUCUUCCAAUCUCUUCUCUCAUCCUCUUCCGGAUGAUUAUCCUCUCCACAAUUUCCUCUCUUUUCCUGUUCUGCUAACUUUUUCCCUCUCUAUCUAUCCUCUUCCCUUGUUCCUCCUUCUUCCGCCCAUCUCCUGCUAUCCUCUUCCCAUGGAUGAUUAUCCUCUCCACAAUUUCCUCUCUUUUCCUUCCUCUUCUCUAUCCAUCCAUCCUGCUCAUUACCUCUUCCGCCUCUCCUGCUUCCUCUCUCCGCUUCUUCUAGGUAACCUUUCCUCUUUAUCAUCACCCCUUCUUCCUCUUCCACCUCUCCAUCCAUACAUCCUUACUUCCACCUCUCCUUUCUAUCCUUUUCCCGAAUCUCCUGCUAUUUCUUCCACCUCUUUAUGCUAUCCCUUCCACUCUUCUGCUAUCCUCUCCCGCAAGCUCAUUACAUCCUCUGAUUAUGGCUCUCCACUAUCCUCUUCUCUUUCUUGUUCUAUCCUCUUUGCCUCUUUAUCAUCACCCUUGUUCCUCUUCUGCUAUCCAUCCUUUCCAACUCAUCCUGCUAUCCUCUUCCCACAAUUUCCUCUCUUUUCUUGUUCUCCUGCUAUUUGCCUCUUUAUCAUCACCUUCUUUCCUCUCCUCUAUCCAUCAUCUCCUCAUUACAUACCCUCUUCCGCCUCUCCUGCAAUUUCCUCUUUUCUUCAUUCUAGGUCCUUUUGCCUCUUUGCUAUCACCUUCCCCCUCUUCUGCUAUCCUCUUCCAAGCUCCUUACUUCCUCUUUAUGGCUCUCCACCCUCUUCCGCCUCUUCUUAUCCUCUUCCGCCUCUCCUAUUUUUCCUCUCCUGCUAUCCAUCCUUCCGCCCCGCAUCCUGCUAUCCUCUUCCAUCCUCUCCUCCCUCUCUUUUCUCCUUCUAUCCCUCUUCCACCUCUUCUGCUCAUCCUCUUCCGCCUCUCCUGCUAUCCUCUCCCGACAUCUCCUGCUAUGAUUAUCCGCCUCUUCUUUUCCUCUUUUCUUCUUCUAGCUCAUUACAUAUCCUCUUCCGGCUCUCCUGCUUUCCUCUUUCUUUUCUUCUGCUAACUUCUUCCUCUCUUCCAAUCCUCCUUUCUCCUGCUUCUUCCGCCUCUCCUGUAUCCUUUCCGCCUCUUCUCCCCUCCUCCUCCCUGCUCCCAUGCUUCCCUCUUCCUGAUUCCUGCUCUCCUCUUCCGCCUCUCCUUUCUUCCUCUAGGUAA